CAUUCUCCUCUUACCUGAGUUUCGACUGCUCACUAUUAGCGAUUCUGGGAAUGAUACGGAGUCCCGUGAAACACGACUGCCCUCGAAGACUGGUACCGCUAGCAUUUGAAGAAAAGAGCAGGCACAACGGAGGCACGAUCGAUUUGUCAGCACAUUCCGAGGGAAGACCUGCACCGCUUCAAACAGCAUAGGCACAACCACGGGCGAGGCUCCUCGACAGGUGAACGCUCUAUUCCCAUUAGCAAACAUGUUUCGCUUCAGUGCAGCACAGCCGGACAAUGAGGCUGGUCUUGACUGGCCUAAGUCCGACUUGAAGAGUAUUGAUUCCAAGGCCGAGAAGCGUCAGAUCCACAGAAACCGCACCAGUUAUAGCUGCUUGACUUGUCGUCGACGCAAGGUGAAAUGCGAUAAAACCCGUCCGAUCUGUGGAGGAUGCCAAAGGGCUGGUGAGCAUUGCCUCUACAGUGAUGAAACCCCGUCUAUCAAUUCGGCUCCUGAAGCAAUGAGCGCGGAAGGGGAGAAUGGAAUAAAGAAGCGAAAGACAAGCUCUGCCAGGCAAAACUCAUCAACAUCCCCAACUAACAAUGAUGCUGUGGACUCCAUUGUACCGCCAUUACAGCUCAAAGCCAUCGAAGAACAGUUGCUUCGGCUGACUACAUUGGUUGACUCCCUCCGCCAAUCCGGCAACACCGAUUCGCGGUUGAGAGAUAUGCUCACUCCCUCCCACUCAGAUCAGGACUCGGAUGAAGCAGCUCCUCGAGGAAGCUUGGGUCUUGACAUGUUCCAGAAGAAAAAACAAGGACUACCGCGGGACGUCAAUGAGCUCAGUAGGCCUCUAUCCGGCCUCAAACUCAGCGGCGACAAUCGCGAGGCCCUACCAGAUCCCUUCUGGAUUCACGUAACUGAGGAACUGGACCAACUCAACCACAUGAUGCGCCGAAAGGAUAACACAUACGCAAGCUCUACUAGCAUCCAGAAUCAAGCAUGUGACACUCCUCACGCCUUGGUAUCAGCUCCCACCGACAUUGCUGCACCAGAAAGAGAUGAUUUUUCGAAUUCCAGCAGUUUCCAUAAAUCAGCUAGUGAAGAAGGACUUCAUAUCCAUACCCUCGACACAAACUGUGCGGUAUGUCGAAGGAUGCCAUUUUCCAAGGCCAGUCUACUGCAGAACAUCCCUUUGCGAUGUUCGAGUGCAACGGCGACGCAGCAUCUGUUCGAAGGUUUUCCAUCAAGGACUCAAAGCAAUGUGCUCUUCAGAUGCUGGCUAUCCAACAUCUACCCACUCCUACCACUCCUCAUUCCAAGCGAUAUAUUGCAGAAACAUGAGGCCUUUUGGGAUCAGGUCGAGACUGGCGGCUUUCUCGAGUCAGAACAACUCGAUCUCGAAUUCUUCGCCCUGAUAUGCGCGGUUUGGUAUUCCGGGUCACUCAGUCUCUCCGCCCAGGGACUCCAGCAAUGGUUUUCGGGAAGCUCUCGCGCCACCCUCGCAUCCAGAUUCCACGACCAAGUGGUCUUCUCGCUACACCUGGGACGUAUAACACGAGACGCGACAUUGCCGAAACUCGCUGCCCUAAUCCUCAUACAGUCGAUCCCCGUCGCCGAAGAAGAUCCCAUCCAAGCCAGUCUGUACAUGCAACUCAACAUGAGACUAGCCCUGACGAUGGGUCUGCACAGAGAACCCACGCUUUUCGGCCUCUCUGUUGCGGAGGAGGGCAUGCGCCGACGCCUAUGGUGGCAGCUCAUCCAGCUCGACACUUCUCUAGUCGUGGCCAGCGGCUAUCCAUCAUUGAUCUCCGAGGCGUUCUGCGACACUCGAAUCAACUGUGAAGACUUCGACGCUUACGUACUGGAUAAUAACGGCGAGGGCGUCGCAAAGUACUCAUGGGGCGAACCAGCCCUGAACCCGACGGACGAAAACGGAAAUUUGACAUCCUAUCGAACCAUGGGUCUCAUCGCGCGCGCCAAAUCCAUCAUGUCCUGCGCUCUUCGAACCGUGGUGUCAAAGCACCUGGGCACGAAGAUGCUCACGAAUCGCGACAUGCAAGAGAUCAAGCGGGUCAUUGCCGACGCAAGCGACCAGCUCGACGAGAUCAUCAAGAUGAUCCCAGCCAAAGGUCUACCGGAACUGGGGUUUGUCCCCGAUGCUCCAUCCCGGACCAUCACUAAUGACUGCGACGUCGCGAUGAGCAGCCCCCUAACGCCGAACGAACUGGCCUACUACAAGACAUUUGUCAGUGAGGCGGACCUCGUAUCGCCCUUGGCACGGUAUCACAAACAGAAAUUGGCGGCGUUCAACAAGUGGGCGCGAAUAAGCCUGUCAAUGAUGAAGGACAAGCUGCACGUUGUCGCCUACGCGCCGUUUCUCAAGAAUGCGAAGUCCAAAUUAUGGACCAUGGGCCGCCAAUGCGCUUUGCACCACUGCCAUGCCUUCAUGCGCAAAUUUCUCUCCAUAGCGGAAGACCCCGAUCUCGAGAACCUACGCUGGUGCUGGCCCGCGAGUUUUGGUCCCAUGCACGCUGCGUUGAUCGUGCUUGUCGAUCUGUACGAGCGGCCUCGAAGCGUCGAGGCGCCAAGGUCAAGAGAGAUGAUUGACCGUGUUUUCGUCCUGUCGAGUGCGAGUAUGGGCAUUGUUGGUAGCGCGAAUGGUAUGAGUGUCCAGCGGCCGCUGCGCGAGGGAGGAGUUGAGGCCUGGGAUAUGCUCCGCGGUUUAAGGUCAGCUGCGUGGCAAAAGGCCGGACUUGAUCCAACGGUUCUUUGGACAGUCGCGGAUCAAAUUGCUGUUGGGGUGGCGACGCCUUUGACUGACGAGCAGAAGAUUGCACAGAUGAUCAGGGAGGAUAAAAUUCCUGAAAAUGACCGCGGAAGUAAAAAUGCCGGUGGCGCAGCGGAAAGGUCGCAAUCAUCAGGGGACGGUGUUCUGUACAUGGUCAAGCUGGGGCUGAGUGAAGUCUCAGGCACCACCUCAGGCUCAGAUUCAGCAGGUGUUGAGCAGGGAGUCGACGGCGUCCCCUGCUCCAUGACAUCAAGAAACCAGUUCUCAAUUGACAGUUGGGAUGGUGAGCGGUUGAGUUCAGGUCGCGGCCUAGCGAAAAGGGAUGGCCAGCUGGCUAUGCCGUUCCCACUGAGUGGCGUAAUGGAGAAGUGUUCGCGACACGUGGCUAGUGGUGCCUGUGAUGGUCUGCCGAGUCAUGUCCUCCACAAUGGGACGACAUCCCUGGGACCUACAGGAGGAUCGUUGCAGGCUUGUCCGAGCCAGGUGGAAGCUCUGGCUGCUCAGGGGAGUGUGGAGUCGCAGAUGAAUGGACAUGCCAAUGGUGCUGUCUACGAUCAGUCGUUACCACUUCAUGUUGAAAAGGCACAGCAGGGUUUCCAUGAGCAGUCUCAUGCUAGUGGUGGAGGAGUGAACGCCAUGGGACCAGACGCCGUAUACGGAACUACUUCUGACAGCCACCAUGGAGCUUCAAUGGAGCACGGCAACGGUACCGACACAGGAGUGCGGGAUGAACACACUGCUCCUAGUCAAGAUCUUGGAUUUGACUGGGAACGCUGGGACGCCGUUUUUGGCCAGUACAGCGGAUUUACGGAUAUGAUGGAAGAUAUCACUUGGGCUGAUGACGGUGCUACUUGAUGCUGAUUAUCUGACAUUCCUAAUACCAAUUGCUGUUCAAGAUCUUGAAACCGACUGGGAGCGUAGCCUUGCGUAGGAACGCUGUCUUGGGCCAGUGUACUGGGUUUACUGAGAUGAUGCAGGAGGUUCAUGAGGAACUCUACUGAUGGUUGACGCUGAUGUCUUUGGUAGUCAGGACCUUGACCACCGUAAGGGAGACGGAAGACCUUCUAA